AUGCCUUCUUUCACAGUUUACAAGGGAUCCAAGGAUGGCGCCCCCAAGCAGGCGACCACCACCAAGCCUGACCAGCUCACUGGCGAUCAGGUGUUCCUCAGAGUGACCGCCUCCGGUCUGUGCGGAACUGACCUGCACUACCGAACAACAGACAUGGCCCUCGGACACGAAGGUGUCGGUGUUGUUGAGGAGCUUGGUCCCGACGUCAAAUUCCUCCAGAAGGGCGACCGCGUCGGCUGGGGAUACGAACACGACUCUUGCGGCCACUGCAACCAAUGCCUGACUGGUUGGGAGACGUACUGCCCCAAGCGCGCCAUGUACGCCGGUGCCGACUUGGACCAGGGAUCAUUUGCUUCCCACGCCGUCUGGCGUGAGGCAUACCUCUUCAAGAUCCCCGAUGGCCUUAGCGACGAGGCCGCUGCCCCGAUGCAGUGUGGUGGUGCCACUGUUUGGAAUGCGCUGAGAGCCUACAAUGCUCAACCUAUUGAGACAGUCGGUAUCAUGGGUGUUGGAGGACUGGGCCACUUGGCCAUUCAGUUCGCCGCCAAGAUGGGAUGCCGCGUUGUCGUACUUUCGGGUUCCGACCGCAAGAAGGACGAGGCCAUGAAGCUCGGCGCCCACGAGUUCAUUGCCACCAAGGAUCAAAAGGAGAUCAAGGUGUCGCACCGAUUGGACCGCCUCCUCGUUACCACUUCCGCCCAGCCUGACUGGGACCUGCUCAUGCCCAUUCUGGCCCCCGGCGCAACCAUUCACCCCCUUUCUGUCGCCCAGGGCAACUUUAGCGUUCCCUACAUGCCGUUGCUGGCCAACGGCAUCACCAUUCAAGGAUCCGUCGUUGCUCCCCGAAAGAUUCAUCGCGACAUGCUCGAGUUUGCCGCCCUUCACAAGAUUGAGCCUGUUGUUGAGCUCUUCCCCAUGACGGAGGCGGGUAUCAAGGAUGCCAUGGACAGAUUGGACAAGGGUGAUGUGCAUUUCCGCGCUGUCCUCAAGCCCGAAUAA